AUGCCCCCGAAACGCCGCACCUCCGCCGGCCCCCGCGCCCCCGCGCAAUCCACCCUCGCCUUCCACGGCACCAUCAACAAAGUCACCAAGCCCACCACCGGCCCCCGCAGCGCAAAGUCGCACCUGAAGGUCGACGACAUCCUCAAUGCCUCGACGAAACCCGAGGCCUCUGAUAUCUCUGAGAUCGAGCCCGACGCCCCUACCAUCAUCCAGCAAACCGUCGCCGAGAUCCCAGCGCCCGUGAAGCCCGCAGCGCAACUAAAUGCCGAGAGGGAAGCGCGCAAGGUAUCCGAGGCGCGGAUAAAGAAGUACUGGGCGGCGAAGGAGAAGGGGCGGCUGGCGCCGCGCGUGCAUCAGGAGGAGUUGGGCCUGCAUGAGAAGGUGUUGCGGGAGUGGGAUAUGUGUGCGGCGUAUGGGCCCGCAAUCGGCAAUUCCCGCCUAAAACGCUGGAAUCGCGCGAACCGUCUUAACCUACACCCGCCUAUCGAAGUCCUCGCCGUGCUGCUUAUGGAGCAGGACGAUAACAAUGCCGGCGCGCAGCGGGCGUAUGUAGACGAGCUGAUGAAUUCACGGUUCGGGGAUGAGGCAUGA